CUAGGAAAUUCCACUUACUUGGAUGACCAUGGGCCACCUCCUAGUAAGGUCCUUCCUUUCCCCAGCCAGGUGGUGUACAACAGAGUAGGCAAGUGUGGAAGUCGUACUGUGGUCUUGCUUCUGCGAAUCUUGUCAGAGAAGCACGGAUUUAAUUUGGUCACAUCAGACAUUCACAACAAAACCAGACUUACAAAAAAUGAACAGAUGGAACUGAUUAAAAAUAUAAGUACUGCUGAACAGCCCUAUUUAUUCACUCGCCAUGUUCAUUUCCUCAACUUCUCAAGGUUCGGAGGAGAGCAGCCUGUCUACAUCAACAUCAUCAGAGACCCCGUCAGCCGGUUCUUAUCUAACUAUUUUUUCCGUCGCUUUGGAGACUGGAGAGGGGAACAGAAUCACAUGGUCCGCACCCCCAGCAUGAGGCAGGAGGAACGCUAUCUGGACAUCAAUGAGUGCAUUCUGGAAAACUACCCUGAGUGUUCCAACCCCAGGUUAUUUUACAUCAUUCCAUAUUUCUGUGGACAGCAUCCCAGAUGCAGGGAGCCUGGUGAGUGGGCCCUUGAACGCGCAAAGCUGAACGUGAAUGAAAACUUCCUGCUCGUGGGGAUUCUCGAGGAGUUGGAAGAUGUGCUGCUUUUACUGGAAAGAUUUUUACCUCAUUACUUCAAGGGUGUGCUCAGCAUCUACAAGGACCCAGAGCAUAGGAAACUUGGAAACAUGACUGUGACGGUGAAGAAGACGGUCCCCUCCCCCGAGGCCGUGCAGAUCCUCUACCAGCGCAUGAGAUACGAAUGAUUCUACCACUACGUCAAAGCGCAGUUCCACCUGCUGAAGCGCAAGUUCGGACUCAAGUCUCGCGCGAGCAGGACCCCUGCGAGACCUCAGUUCUUCGUCCCCACCCCCCUGGAGACCGAGGAGCCAAUCGAUGACGAGGAGCAAGACGAUGAAAAGUGGCUGGAAGAUAUUUAUAAGAGGUGAUGCCAGCCCUGUGUUGCCUCCAUGGCUUUAUCUCCCUUUUCCGGAAAGUUCUUUGGGGAAGAAAAAAAAAAAUCCUGAUGGAACUUCGAUUAAUGCUUGUGUGCAUUAAAGAGAACAAAACAUUCCCACAUGUUGGGGUCAUUGGGAGAUGCCCGGUUUUGCGGGUUUUAUUUGCUUAAUUUUAUUCUGUGGUUUUGUUUUGUUUUGUUCUUGGCUCCUUGAGUUUUUUCCCAGGUACAGUAGAGGGCUCCAUCACCAGGCACCUCUUCAUCAAAGAGGUGCCUUCCCCAUGUCCGCCCACCCUCUGUGAUGGGGUAAGAGGAAGAAGUAACACAUCCACAGCCCAGAAGUUUGUCAUUUGCAAAAUGACUUGGAAAAAUAUUACCUCAGUGGUAGAAGAUACCCAGGCUUGUACAUUGCAGAGUCCAGGGGAUCUGCUCUGGAAGGAUCUAAGAGGAGAAGGGGAGACAGAUAAGAGCAUCAAAGGGAGGAAGUCCCCAGUUAAGUGGUUUCUGCCCACCUGGGUGGGAUUCUGCUUCUGGUCCAUCUCAGGGGACACUGUCACCAAGAGCAGAGUACUUAUCUGUGAAGGAACACGUGGCUUUGUGACACCUACAUCCAACCAAUCAGAGCAUGAAGUACUUUCAAGGUCAAAGUGCAUGGCAAGCCCCCUGGGGACAUUUCAUUUCCAAACAGGAUUCUGAUAAAUGGCCAAGUAGCAUAGCAAGGAAAAGAAUCUGCUACAGAAGGAAGAGUGUAGGCAAGACAGGUUACAUAUGUCGGUCAUGUGGCAUCAGGGACAGCUGUGUGCUUCGCACCGAUCAGAACCAUCUCUGCCCCCCAACACUGCAUUAAAUGGAGGUUCCAGGUACCAGUCCAGCUCUGGCAUUGAUCACUAUGGCAGGAAUUCUAAGCCUGACCCUAGGCAGUGUAUGUAAUCUCCCUUACCCACCUCUGGUUACGUUGGGUCAUAUUGUACCUGGUGUCUUUCACCUUCUCGUCCCCUGAGAAGUACCUGCUUUUAGUCACAAAAAAAAGGGGGAAAGGGGCCCUGAGUCCUGUGCAAGCAGCAGUAGAACUAAAGUCUCAUAUCUUAUGGAAUCUGCUUGUUCCUAAGGCCCUUACCAGGGACGUCAAAGACAAAAGAAGCAAGACUGCUGGGUAAGACACUGCUUGACGGACUUCGUGAGUAGGCGGAUGCUCUGAUGUGGUUUGAGUAGAAGGUGGGUGGCUCCACUGCGUCAAAGCCUUGCUCUCUAUCCAGUCUUUACAAACCGCCCCCCGCCCCAUCAACAAUGCCUUGGUUCAGCCAUUAGAAAUCUGUCUCUACAUUCUGAAAUGUUUUCACCUUUUUUUUAAAAAAAUCCUGAAAAGUACUUUAAAGUACAUGUUCUCCUCGGGGUUAAUGCCCAGCUAGCUGAGCCACUGGGGUGCAGUGGUGGCAGCAGGAAUGGGGGCAUGGCAAAUAGGUCUGCUCCACGUUUUCCCUAGAGCCAGCCCUUGAAAAGCACUAGCCAAGUGAGGUGGAAAUACUUAAAAGUAACUAAAACUGACUUUGCACGAGUUAUAUACAUUUUCUGCUUUUCAAAAAAAACCCAACAAUUCUAGAAGAUAGAAUUUUG